GCGCCGCGCCGCGCCCAGCGGAGCCGCGCUGCCCGCCUGCCUACGUUCUCUCCGCGGCGUCGGCAUGUCGUCGGGGGCAGCCUGAGCACCAUGCAGCGGCUGGUGGAGCAGCUGAAGCUGGAGGCGGCCGUGGAGAGGAUCAAGGUCUCUCAGGCAGCUGCAGAACUCCAGCAGUACUGUAUGCAAAAUGCCUGCAAAGAUGCCUUGCUUGUUGGGGUUCCUGCAGGGAGCAAUCCCUUUCGAGAACCCCGAUCCUGUGCUCUACUCUGAAAUCAGGGAAGGUCAUCGGAGAGUUGCCUUCAAGCAUGACAUGAAUAACAACUGCCUUUCCUUCACAAGAAAAGUCUUUCUCUGUGUCCUAACUUUUGUGUGGCUAAACCAAUGUCCUAGAUAUUUAUCUGUUUGUUCUUGUGUAUGCGUACUUCACUAUCUUUUGCUAAUGUUCUUAAAGUUUUUUAAUGUAACUCUUAUUCUUUUCAUAAUCGUCGUCAUUGUUACUACACUCUGCUAACUAUACAAAUAUUACUUGAGCAGUUUACAUUUUAGAGAAGCAAAAUGCAUGAAUUUUUACCAGAUUACUUACUCCUACCUUGGUAAACUGUUACACCGGAAUGAUAGCAAAAACUAUUUGUAUUUUCCAAAAUAAAACAUCCAAAAAGUGAAUUGUUAAAGUAUAGAACUAAAUGCUGUUAGUACUGAAGUAAUGUUCUCAGGGGGAAUUUUGCUUCCAUUAGCAAGACCUGGAACCAACUACAGUUUUUUUUCAAGUGCAUCUAAGUCUAUAAAUGACACAUAUUAGAAACUGUUGGACACGAUGUGUAGCACAGGCUUGAUUCCUAAGGCAUGUUUCUUACAAAACUUCUAAUCUGUAAUACCUCUCCUAAUUUGUAUUUGUAAAGGUACUGCCGUGGUGGAAUUUCCUUGACAUGUUUAAAAUGUGACCAAACCGACACUAAAAAUCCAUGAACACCCAAAGACAGUUGCAUGCAUAAUUGUCAAGGUUUGCAAUACACAAAACUUACUAAAAUGUGCUUGGUCAUUUGCCUUCAGUUUUUGAUAGAGCACUUUUACAAGGACAACUAACUUUUUUAAUAGGUUUUUAAUUUUGUCUACUUUCUAUUGUUUGUAUUAAUCUUUUAGAAAUUUGGAAAUAAAAUUCCUUUCCCUA